AUGCAGUGUAUGUGUCUGCCAUUCGAGAAAAACAACAAAGAAGAAAGACAAAGAAGAAGAAUGCGAUCCCGAGAAGGAAAAGAGAGGAAGAGAGCCUCUUCUCUAUUUAGCUAACGUUAAUUUGCGACGGUUCUCUGGCCUUUGCCCUACCAAAUACCAGGAAACUCCUAAAAAAAACCACACGAUGAAUCUGGAACGGCUUCCCAACGAGGAGAAACUGAGCUUAUGCCGAAAAUAUUAUUUAGGUGGCUUUGCAUUUCUGCCAUUCUUGUGGUUGGUCAAUGUGGUUUGGUUUUUUAAGGAGGCCUUCAUGAAACCAGUGUAUUCAGAACAGCUGCAGAUCAAGACCUAUGUGAAGCGCUCUGCACUGGGUUUGUUGUUUUGGGUUACAGUUCUGACCACAUGGAUCGCCAUUUUCCAGCGCUUCAGAGCAGAGUGGGGGGAGGUUGGAGAUAACUUGUCCUUCACAAUUCCACUUGGCAUAGCUUGAAUCAUUUCUAAGUCAGUUCUUUUGAAAAUAAAUAAUGAUCCAUUAUUAAAAAAACUGAAGAGUUAUCUUCUUUUAAUGCGUUGAAAUAUUCAGAGGAUUUUUUUCUCUGUCUCUGGAGAUCAUUUUAUUGGUGGUUUUAAUCAUUUACUUUGACAGAGUAAUCCCCUAUGUCUUAAAAAUAUUUAUGAUCAAGGAGGAUUUCCUUUUGUGCUUGCCAUUGUAUUUCAGAAAUGUCUUAAUUACCUUUUUUUAAGAGUAGGCUGAUUCAUCUUGUUUAUUAGACAAUGUUCACUGCCAUGAAAGUAUCUAAUGCACACUUUCAGGAUAUUGUACAUUCAGGAUAGUUCAACAUUCAACAAUUUCUUUCUUUUUUCGAGUUGAAUGUUUGUGCCAUUGUGACCACCAAACUAGUAGUGUAGUCUACUUGUGUAUGAAUGAUAAAAUAAACAUUUCUAAUGCCUCAAUCUUA